CCACCAAACUCAGUCAUUGGAACCCGCAGUUAUAAUUUGCAAAAAUUCAGAAUGCAGCAAAAAUUACUUGUCGCUGUCUUCUCGGUUUCCCUCAUGUUCCUUCCUUUCGUCUUCUGCGAUGCCCGGAGGAAGACUUUGGUCGGCGGAUGGAAACCGAUAAAAGACUUGAAUGACCCCCACGUGACGGAAGUUGCGAAGUUCGCCGUGUCGGAGUACAACAAGCAGUCGAAGUCGAGUUUGGAGUUGAAGAGCGUGAUGAAAGGCGAGAUGCAGGUGGUUUCAGGAAUAAACUAUAAGCUUGAUGUGGAGACCACCGCCGGGACCACCGCUGAGGCUAAGGAAUACGAGGCUGUCGUUUGGGAGAAGGCCGGGCUUAAUUCCAAGAGCCUAAUCUCGUUUAAACCUAUCCAGGGUUGAUGAAGUAAAUCGUUUGGGAACAACUUUUAGGGUUUUGGGAAUGUAUGUUCAUGUUUUAGACUGAUUUAAGAAUGAUACCAAGGGUGUUUAUUCUACUUUUGCGACAAUUAAAAAUAAAAAAUUUCGAUUAUGAUUUAUGAUAUA